UUUUUGUUACUCAAGCAGUCAGUCAGUCGUCGUCGUCGUCGUCAGUUCAUUAUCAGUUUUGAAUGAGUUUAAAUAAUAAAGUACGGAAUAUGAUUUUGAAAUUUUGUGCAAAUUUAAAUUUUUUAUUUGCUGAAAAUAAUGCACCAUAUUUGGAACGUUUAUAUAUGGCUAAACAAGCUGGUUUCAGAGGUAUUGAAAUUUCAUAUCCAGAUAAAAUAUCAUUAGAUGAUCUUAUUAAAACUAAAAAUGAAACAAAUUUGGAAUUGGUUUUAAUGAAUAUUAAAUUGGGUAGUGAACCAGACACAGCAUUUGGAUCAACAUCAUUACCCAACCUUGAAAAUACAUUCCAACAACAUUUUUUAGAUACAAUUGCAUUGGCUAAAAAAUUAAAUUGUCAUAAAAUUCAUUUGAUGUCCGGCAAAGUUAAAAAUGAAUCACGUGAAAAACAUUUAAAAACUUAUAUAAAAAAUUUAAAAUUUGCUGUUGAACAUUUGGAAAAAGAAAAAAUUUUAGGUUUAAUUGAACCAAUAAAUGGUUAUGCUGUACCAGAUUAUUUUUUAAAUAAUUAUAAAACAGCUGUUGAUGUUAUUAAAGAAAUUGAUAGUCCAUAUUUAAAAUUAAUGGUUGAUUUAUAUCAUUUACAACAUAUUCAGGGUGAUGUUACAAAUUCAAUUAAAGAAUUAAUGCCAAUUAUUGGACAUUUUCAAAUUGCUCAAGUACCAAAUAGAAAUGAACCAAAUGCAUUUGGUGAAUUAAAUUAUGAAUAUAUUUUUGAUAUUAUUAAAAAUUCUGGCUAUAGAGGUUGGAUUGGUUGUGAAUAUAAACCAAAAGAUGGUACAAGCCAUGGUUUAAAUUGGAUAACUCAAUAUGGUUUUAAAUUAUGAAUUUUUUUUUUUGCAUAUUUUCAAAUGUAAAAUAUACUACAUAAAUAGAUACUUAUUUGUUAUUUGUGGUUGAAUUAAAAGAGAGUUAAUAAAUUUA